UGGACUAUAUUGUGGAAUAUGACUAUGAUGCAGUGCAUGAUGAUGAGUUAACGAUCCGAGUUGGGGAAAUCAUCAGGAAUGUGAAAAAACUGGAAGAAGAAGGAUGGUUAGAAGGGGAGUUAAAUGGCAAAAGGGGCAUGUUCCCUGACAAUUUUGUGAAGGAGGUUAAGAAGGAUGUAGAGCCCAAGGAUGACGCCGUACCAGUCAGGAGAGAGAAAUCUGGCAACGUAGCCAGCCUUGUGCAGCGUAUGAGCAGCUACGGGCUUCCAGCAGGAGGAUUUCAGCCUCAUCCCCUGUCCAAAAGCUUCAAGAAGAAGUCCAAGAAGCGGCAGUGCAAAGUGCUCUUUGAAUACAUCCCGCAGAACGAGGAUGAGCUGGAACUCAAGCUGGGGGAUGUGAUCGACAUCAAUGAAGAGGUAGAAGAAGGCUGGUGGAGUGGAACACUAAAUGGCAAGGCAGGGUUGUUUCCUUCAAACUUUGUGAAAGAAUUGGAAGUGACGGAUGAUGGAGAAACACAGGACACUCUGGAUGACACAGGUGAAUCUGUUUUCAGUGGUCCUACCUCACCUGUGGUCUCUCCAGGAAAUGGGAGUGAACCUGGAUCUGGACCGGCACAGCCAAAGAAAAUCCGAGGUAUUGGGUUUGGAGAUAUCUUUAAAGAAGGCUCAGUGAAACUUAAGACAAGAUUAUCCAGUAGUGAAUCAGAAGAUAAAAAGCAAGAUAAGCCAUCACCUAACCAUCCUUCUGGAACAAAGCUAAUUCAUUUUCCCAGUACAACAAAAACUGAAAAUGUGUUGGAAGUAAUAAAAUCAGAAGCUGAAAGUAAAUCGAAAG